GCACAGGGCAGGAUUCACUCUGGACAGGGCACAAACAAACACACACACACACACACACUCCAGGGCCAGUUUUCCCAGAAUUAAUCUGUCCUUGAAAAGCUUCCACCUGUGGGAGGAGACCCAUGCGAGCGCGGGGAGAACAUGCACACUCCCCGCAGACAGCCGCAAGGCCCCCGGCGGCCGUGCUGGCCACUGCGCCGCCCUGUUGUUGUCAGGAGCGGCUUUAGGGAGUGGCGCUGGAGAGAGCGAUUCCUCUCGGGAAGCGGGUGAGUCUCUCCCAGCCCGUCACAGAGCUCAGGGAGCGAGAGCCGGACAGCCGGACCCACCGCAGCGCAUCGUUCAACAGGCGGUCUCCUGGAAACGUGGAAACGUCUUCUCCGCUCUUCCUGCGGUCGGUUCUGGUCCGAGUUCCCACUGUUCGCAAGCGGAGCGGCUCUGCCCGAUACUUCGAUAUUUUUAGACGCGCCUCCACGCCCCCGGUUUCCGGCGCGUCUCUCUCUCUUAGCUACGCUGCCCCUGAGUGGCAGAGGCGGUCAGCCGGCGUCUCUCUCCCUUUCUCUCCCCGGUGCCGGCACAGCUCACACCGUCCGGCCUGGAACUGGGCCGGGCCGGCUCUCGCCAGGGGACGAGGGCGCAGGAUCUGUAGCCCAGCGCCAGCCAUGCAACCCGAGGCGGGACCCGGCGGCUCCACCGCCCCCAGCCCCGCCGCGAUCGGGGAGCCGCCGAGCGACAGGAAGGGCGGCUCGGGAGCCGCGCCGGACUCGGACCCCGCCGGGGCGCUCUCCUCCUACCAGGACUUCAUCACCAGCACCUACAUCGACCUGGUCAGCGCCAACCAGCACUCGGUCCAGGCGCUGAACUGGCGCCGGCUGUACCUCAGCCGGGCCAAGCUGAAGGCGUCCGGCCGCACCUCGGCGCUGCUCUCCGGCUUCGCCAUGGUCGCCAUGGUGGAGGUGUCCCUGCAGGACGACUACCCCUACCCCCCCGGCCUGCUGGUGUCCUUCAGCGUGGUCACCACCGUGCUGGUGGCCCUGCACCUCUUCGCCCUGCUGGUCAGCACCUGCAUCCUGCCGCACCUGGAGGCCGUCAGCAACAUCCACAACCUGCGCUGCGUGGCCCAGUCGCCCCACCUCGUCCUGCGCCCCUACAUCGAGCUGGCCUGGGGCUUCUCCAACGCCCUGGGGCUACUGCUGUUCCUGGCCGAGGUGGCCCUCCUCUGCUGGGUCAAGUUCUUGCCCCUCGGGGGGAGGCCCCAGACCGCGGAUUCCCUCCGCUCAAACUCCUCCGAGGCAGCGGUGGAGGGGGGCAGGAGCAGCGAGGGGUACGGCGCCGCCCUGGUGGCCACCGUGGUGAUGGUUCCCGCGGGGCUGCUGUUCGCCCUCUUCGCCCUGCACUUCUACCGGGCGCUGCUGACCCACAAGAGCCAGAGACACAGCCAGGAGCUGCUCUGCCUGAGCACCCUGCAGCAACAGCUGGACACGGUCUGAGCACCCCGCGGGCACAGCUGGACACGGUCUGAGCACCCCGCGGGCACAGCUGGACACGGUCUGAGCACCCCGCGGCCACAGCUGGACACGGUCUGAGCACCCUUCAGCCACAGCUGGACACGGUCUGAGCACCCCGCGGGCACAGCUGGACACGGUCUGAGCACCCUUCAGCCACAGCUGGACAUGGUCUGAGCACCCUUCAGCCACAGCUGGACAUGGUCUGAGCACCCCGCGGCCACAGCUGGACAUGGUCUGAGCACCCCGCGGCCACAGCUGGACACGGUCUGAGCACCCCGCGGCCACAGCUGCCCCCUCGCGGCUCCUGGCGAGGGAGGGGGCUGGGGGGAUGGGUGGAGGCGGAGGGAGGGUGAGCCAGGCGCUGUGUGACGGGGAGGAAGAGGGUGGUUACAUCACUUCCGGUUCAGCUCCGUGCAGGGAGCACGAAUGCAGGGCUGCUGCCGGGAGACUGUGCUAGUAAAGGCAUGCCACACGGGUUCGAAUCCUAACCUUGUAACCUGCACCUCCCGACAGCCAGCCUGCCGGUGAAGCAGAGGAGCAGUUCUUUUAGGGAUGCGGGCGCAAGACGGGUCACAGGCAAAAGGAGCCUGUUCAGGCCUUUUGGGUUGUUGAUCCCAAAAGCCAGGGUAUCGCCUUGACCAAGCUGUCCAGUACUGCUGUUCCACACUCCCGCCACCCUGUGUGUAAAGCAGAGCCUCCUGUUCUCAGUUUUUAAUGCAUUGACUGUAGUUUGAACCUGUGUCCGCUGCCGAGUUCUGAGGAAGCUCAUUGGACCGACUCUGUCAGUGUCGUUGAGGAUUGUGAGCAUGUGCAUCAGGUCCCAUCACAUCUUUAUGGCAGUGAGAGGCAUUACAGCCCAGCUGGGGCUGGAGAUCCUCAACCCUUGUAGUGGGAGUCCUUAUUACACCAGCUGUAACCUGCAAUUCGAACCCGGGCCCAAUCUGAGUGCUUUGUGAGGAAGCCCAGCUUCUUAUGGCGAUUCAUUGACGCGGCAGAGAGACUCAGCAGGACACAGGGUUUGCCAUGACCCUGGGUCAUUCUGCGUGGAGCCUGCGUGUUCCUCACAGACCUGAAGAAGGCUCCACAGCCUAAACGUUUUGCUUCAUUUCUUUGCUUUUCAGCAUGGAAUGAACCUUCCCCGUUCCUGUGUUCCCCCCCCACGCCUGCUCUCCAUCACUCGUUCCCAGUGUGCCCUGCACUGGCUACGAGACGCCGACACUGGAACAGGGGCCGCAUUAGGGAGGGCGGUUCUUUAACGAGGGGGUCCACAAAGAAAUUCAUCAUUUAUAUAUCGCGCGGAACGAAAAAUGUAUCGUUGUAUGAUAUCAGUGCGUACGAUUCAAUAUAUUAUAAGUGGUUAUACAUUAGUGGAUGGGGACAGCAUGGGGAUGCAGUGGUGAGCGUUGCUGGGGCCCUGGGUUCAACUUUGGACCUGGAGUGCUGUCUGUGUGGAGUGUGCAUGUUCUCCCUGUGUUGGCGUUGGUUUCCUGCAGGUGCUCCAGGGCCAUCUAGUGGCCGCAGUGAGAAAUGGCCAGUCCCAGGUUCCCCGUGCCCUCCCUGCCCUCUGGCCCGAGGGAGGGGGGGGGUCGAGGAGGCGUCGGGCUGCGAACCAGCUUGCAGGAAGAGGAAGGGGUCAAGGACAACUAGGUGGGCUGCGGGGGUCCCCACGACAGACGAUCCUCUCGGUGGGUGGCGGCACCCCUGUCUGAGCCCCGAGCGUCACCCGGAGACGAACUCCUCGUUCCCACAGGGAGCGCCAGGCCUCGGGAGCUACCCCGCCUCCCUGUCUCUUUCCCUUUGUGUCCGGUCUUGUAAAUAUCCCCGGCGCUUUUUUCAUAAUUAAAUAUUAUAUUUUGGAAAUAGAA